UUUGUGCUACAGGGUGCGCUUGGAGACCCUCGGCCAGACUUCGGCAUCGAUGGAAGCGUGGCGGGUGCAGUGAAGGUGCUUACUGUUGCCAGCGAUGCCGCGGUCGAGUUUGACGCGAUCGACGAAAAGACUAUUUCGCUGGAGUCGCACUACACUCGCCUGUACAAUCUGCAGACUGCACUUACGACGAUCGCCACCAACAUUGCUACCACGGGCCAGGAGUUAACCGACAAGCUGGAAACGCUUGCCCCAAGCACCGGUCCUCUGCCGGACGUUUUUACCGACGCGACGAGCGCGCUCACCAGCCUGCGCACAUUACUGGAAACGGGGCUGAGUGACCAAACCGAUGACAUUCAAACGAUGGUUGGCGACUACAUCACCGAUAUGCUUACCGAUGCCAGCGACGAGCUGCUCGACGCACUAUCGCGGCUCGAAACGCAGCUCGGGCUAAUGCAGACAGGUAUCGAAGCUGCGACCACGGCCUACGGCGCACCGGACGUACCGGCCAGCUUCAUCCGGCGGUAUGUCUCACCGAAGGUGAUCUACGAGCUGCAGCGCGCCAUACACGACCUCAAAUCCGACCUGCCCCUGGUGACGUACAUCAUUGGGCUGACGCUGGGACAUCUGGAGAACGCCGACAUUUACCUAGCGACCGUUAUGGAGCAGGCGAAUAGUGCAGUAAUCGAAGUAAUCCGACAGUACGACGGCUUUAAGCAGGAGCUCCUGGACAACACGUACCUAGUGUCGGACGGCAUCGCUACUCCGUUCCGGCUUACCUACACUGCUCAAGUCGACGGGCUGAGAUUUGCCAUGACCGAACUGGAGCAGCUGGGCUCUUACUCGGAUUUCCUCGAGCCAGUGCUGACCGCGUACACAAAUGCACUCGAAGAGGCCAAUCGGAACACCAUUGCCUUCGCCGCCGAGGACACGUUAAACAGCUAUCUUGUUCGGGUCGUCACACUUGAUGACUAUCUGGACCGGUUCUACGAUGAAAAGCUGUGCACGCCUGUGCAAGCCAUUAUGCAGGUGUUGAUCGCCUCUGGACCGUGGGCCGACUACUGCUUCAGCAAGUACUCGCCCCGCCUACCCGAGCUGGUGUCGAUCAACGCGAACCGAUUCCAGCUAUGCUACGAGCUCGAGGCAGUUCGACUGGAGAAACUGUACGAGAUCGUCGAUCGGCUGGUCCAACAGAUCCUGUACGACGUGGAGAAUCUCGCCGAAGACAUCCUGACCUGCCUCUACCGUUGGGAGAAUGGCUCAGAUUGUAUUGCCCUGAUCGGUCCGUACUACCUUGAGCUCGCCCAAGUGAUAGUGAAUAAGCAGGAGGACCUAUCCGCCAUCCUCGAGCACGAAACGGACGCUAGCUACAACCGCAUGGCGGCCUGCGUUAACGGCGGCAAGUGUGGACUCCUCGCGUCCGCAGAAGAUCUCGUGGCGGAUAUACAAGCUUGCGAGCUCGAUGGACCCAACGCCUAA